UUAAUAUAAUAAUUGCAUUUCAAUACAUUUUUAACUAUUACUCGUAAAAGUGAAUUGAACAACUUCCGGUGUCCAACCACGUUGAGCUUAACGCAGCUCUCACUCGGAGGCUGAACUGCUCGAGUAAAGUCCGUCCGUCCUCGCACAGACUACGGAAGACAAUUGAACGUAACCGACACCGGGAGGCGAGCCGAACGUGGCCGUGGAACUUGCUUAAACAUUUUCACGCCACAGCCGACAAAAAAAAAAAAAAAAAAAAAAAAAAAAAAAAAAAAAAGAUUUCCACUCGCUCUACCCCUACAUCCGCCAGACUAAAUCAUAGUAACACGAGUGGUAUUUAAUAAUAAUUUAAAAAAAAAUGCAACCCAAUGGCUCCUGUUUACCGUUGAAGAAUCUCCCACUCUGAGGUGUAGUUUCUCUUCAAGAGGCGAGGAAUGCUAUCUGAGCAUCAAUGUUUCACUGGGGAAAGUGGAAGAAAAGGAUGGGAGCCAAUAGUUCUUCAAAGAAACCCGUUUUCGACGAAAAGGAAGAUGUGAACUUUGACCACUUUCAGAUAUUGCGGGCCAUUGGGAAGGGCAGCUUUGGAAAGGUAUGCAUCGUUCAAAAGAGGGACACAGAGAAGAUGUACGCCAUGAAGUACAUGAACAAACAACAAUGUAUAGAAAGAGAUGAGGUCCGAAACGUCUUUAGGGAGCUUGAGAUUCUACAGGAAAUUGAACAUGUUUUUUUAGUAAAUCUCUGGUACUCAUUCCAAGAUGAGGAGGACAUGUUUAUGGUGGUGGACCUCCUACUUGGAGGAGACCUUCGUUACCACCUGCAGCAGAGUGUCCCCUUCAGCGAGGAUGCUGUUAAGCUUUACCUCUGUGAGAUGACACUUGCACUAGACUACCUGCAAAGCCAGCACAUCAUCCACAGAGAUGUCAAACCAGACAACAUUCUUUUGGAUGAACAAGGCCAUGCUCAUCUGACAGACUUUAACAUAGCGACAAUAAUAAAGGAUGGAGAGCGAGCAACGGCCUUAGCUGGAACCAAGCCGUACAUGGCUCCAGAGAUCUUUCAGUCCUUCUUGAAUGGUGGGAUGGGCUAUGCCUUUGAGGUAGACUGGUGGUCACUAGGGGUGACAGUCUUCGAAGUUCUACGGGGAUGGAGGCCUUAUGAGAUCCAUGCCAGUAACUCACUGGAGUCUCUGAUCCAGCUCUUCAGCACAGUCAGUGUCCAGUACAGCCCAGCCUGGCCCAAAGACCUGAUUUCUCUCCUGAGAAAGCUACUUACAGUGAACCCUGAGCAUCGUUUCUCCAGCCUGUCUGACAUGCAGACGUCUCCCUACCUCGCAGACAUCAACUGGGAUGCCAUUUAUGAAAAGAAGAUGGAAGCCGGAUUUGUUCCAAAUAAAGGUCGCCUCCACUGCGACCCAACCUUUGAGCUGGAGGAGAUGAUCUUGGAAUCACGUCCCCUUCACAAGAAGAAGAAAAGACUGGCAAAGAACCGGUCUCGAGACAACAGCAAAGAUUCACAGUCUGAGAACGACUAUCUACAGGAGUGCCUUGAAGCGGUGCAGCAAGAGUUCAUGAUCUUCAACCGUGAGAAGUUGAAAAAGCGUCAAGAAGAGGGUCAUAGUGAGGCUGGGGGUGACGAUGCCAGUGGAGAUGGAGAUGCGGAGGCCGGCGGCACCGACGACGACGCUGCCGAGCCUGAAGCGGAACCAGAGCCCGAGUCCUCUUCAAAACUGAGCAUGUGUGGCUCGGUGUGCUCCUCCCCUGGCAGCUGCUAGUGUCAUAUCAGCUCACAGUGCAGGAUACAGGAUGAAGAUCUCUCAGUGCCAUGCCAGUAGAUAUAUUCUCCCCUCUCCCCUUUGCAGUAGCCAGGAGGGGACGAAGCACACAGCAGCGGGAACUGACGCACUGCAGGACCCAAUUAAUUUUUUUUUUUUUUUUUUUUUUUUGUAGCACCCUUCCCCCGGUAAGGCAAGAAUGAAGCAGAUUCUCCACCUCCUUUUCCGCCCUUCACAAUCCUCCAACUUCUAUGCAAUGUUACACUUCAUUCACAGCAUGACAAACAGUACCACACACUAGGAGAUGAAGCAGAAUGCUCGGCAAAGAUGAUGACAUCCUGAGCAAUAGCUGUUCACGAUAUUUUGGUUGCUUUGGUGGUUUUAGUGGAGAUGAUUCUUCUCUCCUCCUCUUCAAAAUGAGCCUAGGAUGACUGAAUAAUUCAACAUGCACAGGCAAUUUUACAGUUUUACAGCCUGUCUCUACUUCACUCCUGCCCCUGGCCUCUCUUAUGUCAUGAAUGCUCUAAUUCAGAGUAAUUGUUGUUCUUCUUGUGUAUUGGCAUACUGUACUUACUGUAUAUUGCUGCACCUUCGGAAAAUCAUUGGCGUUUAGGCAACAAUGGCAAGCUAAGUAGCAGUAGUUGAUUAUUUGCAUUAUUCACAUUUAAACCAUGAAUUUUAGAGGUCAAUAUACAUGGCUUUAAUUUCUAUCCACUAUAAUUUAUUGAUUGCAUCUACAAAGUCAGUGAACCCAUGUAAAGAUGCAUUAUCUCAGACGUAGUAUCCUGUAUGCUCUGACUUAAGGUAAGUAGCUUUUCGGAGUAAAUAUCAAAAAGUUGAAAAUUAAGUUUGUUUCUCGAAAUAUUUAGUUUUUCUCGAUCACCCUCCUGCAGUGCUCAUCCUGGGGAUUAAACUAACAAGAUGUCAGUAAUUCAAAUUGUUUUCCCAAUCAAAGUCCAGUAUUACCAUCGUGAUAGUGGUACAUUUAAGGCGGGACCGUUAUUAUUCUUUUAAACUUGAGAACAUGUAGCAAUGAUCCACCCGUCAUAAAAUGAAAAACAUGGAAAUAGCAUACAUUGUGUAUGUAAAUAACUUCACCACAGUUUUAUGUGGGGCUGCAAAUGCGACAUAUGUCAACUCAACUAAAAAAAGAGGUGUGUGAAGUCAAUCCUUUGUAUUGCUUCAUUCUGCUUUUAGCUCCAAGUGUGCAGGCACAUCUUGUAGGCAACAUAGGCCAAAGCUUUUCUACCAUUUGCAUAUCCAUUUCUAGGGAAGUGUGUGAAUGUAUCUUUCUUCUUUCUGUAUGACAUGGAUUUAACAGUCCGGUGUACAAUCAUAUUGCCAAGAUGUAGAAACGGGGAAUUUAAUGACGUGCAAAAGAGAGAAUUCUCCGCCCUGUGAGGUUGUUAGCUUAGUUUAGCGUAACUUAAAUGCAAGAAUGUUGAGGAAUUACCUAAAAGCUUGCAAUCCAGUGUCGAACCCUCCUUUUGUUGUUCUACGUCAUCCACAGGCACAUGUACAAAGGUGAUAUAGGAGAUUAAAAUUGGCUUAUGUCAUGGAAAUGCGUUAACUAUUUUCAACAGUAGUCUGGUAGAUGUAUUAGUGUUGGAAGCAGUUAGUAAUAUAUUACGUUUUCCCAUGAUUGUAAUGAUAAUGAAGAAAGCCGUUUCCUAGUUUUAGGCUAAUCAAUUUUCAUCUUACAAUGGAGCCUGUAGGGUCGAACGCAAUUCAUCACAGGAUGUCGGACAACCUUUGAUUUGUUUGGAUUCGUGAGGAAAAUAAAUAAUAAUAAACGCUUUGAGGCGUAACAAUACGUCGUCACGUGGCAGGAGAAAGCAUGCUCAGUUACCACCAUACUUGCAGUUUUUCAUUGGAUUGUUUCAUAUUUGUGGCCUAAAAGUAUAUCUCGUGCAAAUAUUUACUGUAAUUUUAGCAUUUCGCGGUUCUGAAUGGCAAACAAUGAACUAAUUAGCGCUGCGGCGUAAAAAUACGUUAUCACGUUGCGCAAACAAGUACGCUCAGUACUGCUGUACUUAGUUUUGUCUUUGGGUGUUUUAUGGCCUUAAAGUGUUUUUCAUACAAAUAUUUCCUGUAAAUAAGAUUUUACAACUACAUUACUGUAGGUUAAUGAUGACGUGUUCUGAGUUAGGUACACAUUAGGAUCACACCACCCGAGGAGCAGAACGUUUCAUCUAUCCAGGAACCCUUGUAAUGUCACAAGAUUGCGAGUUUGAAUCCUUCUGACUUCUCAGGCAGUUAAUCUUUUGAUGCCUGGUGGUGAGGUACGCUGACAUUUGACAUGAUAUUCUUCAGAACCUUUUUGAGGCAAAUACCCCCACAUAUUGUGUUGUUUCAUAAAAGUUAUAUCUUUGGGGUGUUUGAAUUUUGAUGUUCCAAUGUAAAUUUGUCUUUUUAAAAAAACAGCGCGUUUCCCAAAAAUUUUAAUAAGAGUGACUAGCAUUAUUAAAUGAGACAAUACGUAGCAUCAUGCAAGUCUGUCAUAUACAGUUUUUUUUCUCUCAAUCUUUUAGUUUUUUGUUUUUGUUUUGCAUGUACCUAUACAGUAUAAACCUCGAUUUUGCCAACGCCUGGAGCUUGAGCUUUAAUGGCUGAUUUGUGCAUGCACAAGCUGUUGAUGAUAGUAUACCUCCAUACUCGCACCAUUGUUGACCCCAAGUGCAACUGGCCUGCGUGACUAUUUCUGGUGGUUUUACUGUACAGAAGCGCAUAAACCUGGUCUUAGAUGGCAUGGUAUCGUUGUAUGGCAUGGUUUACCUUCUGGGAUCCUGUAGGUUGUCUUGAUACUUGUAAUGUUCAUACAGCAGUGAGAAUGUUUUUGUUUUUUUCUCCGGCCUCUCCCUGAGGUUGAUUACUUGUUAUUAUGGCGACUGCAGUUUGACUACAGUAAACAAAUACAGGUAUUUAUGACAAGGUGAAGGAAAUGAAAGAAACCAAGUCACUCAUUGGAGUGAGUGGAAUGAGGGUUUCCUUUUCGCACGAUCAAAAUACUGAAUAGUUGGUGAAGUUCAUGAAAAACAUUCUACACUAAAUAAAUACAAGCCUGUGUGCAUUAUGCUGAAUGCCAAUUAUUUGUAAAUGGAUAACUGAUUUUGAUGAUUAGGUGUAGCUUUCAAUAGUAAUCUGUUGUUUUGUUUUUGGAUAGCAGUGAUCAUUCCCAGAUGGACAUCGCUCAUGUUCCUUUUAAUUGUUAAUGUUUGGAUGCUCGUAGGUGUUUUCAAAGCACUCUGUGCUCGUAUUUGACCAGCAAAGCAUGUCUCCUAAUCUGCCGCGGUCCAGUCGAUGUGCUCGAGGUAUGCAAAAGUGUCGAUUUUUUUUUUUUUUAACUGGGUCGAUUUUAUUUUGAAAGUUGGUGCCCUGUUACCAUUACGAUGCAAUUUAUGUUAUUCCUUUCUUCCAUACAAUCCUGCAGUGCAUCAUUUUGUGCGACAGAAUUUUUAUGAGGCGUUUGGUGAAAAGCCUUGUAUUGUAAACUUACUGAAACUGCUUGUGUGUUCACAACAUGCUGCUUCAACUGCUUUCGUAAAGAAAUAAAACUCCUUCCCGGAA